UCUGUGGUACAAUUAUCAUAAUGCGUUUUCACUCGUUGGAAUCGGCGCGAAGCGUGUGUUUUUUGUGUGAUUUUCGCUAUUUAACUAGUUAUUCGGUAUAAAAACGUAAACUGAAAUGUGUUAACGAAGAAAUAAAUCCAUUAGAAUCAACGGCAACUUGGUAUCAACGGCUGGAACCAUUUAUAUCAUAGUAACCAUAUCCAUUUCCAGAACUACGAAACACCUCCGGCUCUGGAAUGAGUAACAGAAAGGAGCUAGGCUUGACGUCGAAAGACAAACGUAUGAUUCGAAAAGCUCGACAGAAGUUGGUCCAGGUAGCCUGGGAAGUCGUUCAGAAAGCAAACAACGUUCCAGAUCCUCUCGAAAAGUUCAAAGCAUUUAAGAAAUUUACCAAAGGAGAUUUCACCGCGGAAUUAUCAUGUCAUCCGGUGACCGAACUAGAUAAACAAACAAAAGAGGCGAUUUUCGAUUUAGAAAGGGAUAAUAUGAAACAAUUAUACGAAGACUGUGAUUGGGGCUGGCACGAGAAAAAGAAACGCGAAGAAAUGUUCGAUGAUCGAGCUCGAUAUCUUAUCGCCAAGGCUCCGGAUGGUAAAUUAGUCGCAUUUUCACAUUAUAGAUUUGAUUUAGAUUUUGACAUAGAAGUAUUGUAUUGCUACGAACUACAAUUGGUGCCGGAAACACGUCGUAAAGGACUGGGCAAGUUCAUGUUACAAAUUUUAGAACUAAUCGCAUUUUCUAACAACAUGAAAAAAGUUGUACUCACCGUAUUGAAAAAUAAUCUAGAAGCAAUGCAAUUUUUCAAAGUUAUGAAUUACGAAGCGGACGAAACAUCGCCGAUGGACGAUGCCUUUGAAACGUAUGAUUACAUAAUUUUAUGUAAGAAAAAUAAGAAAUUAGCCUCUCAGAACUCUGAAUGAUACUGAAAUUAUUUUUGAUUAAUAUUAAAUCGAUAAUAAUAACUUUUCUUUCCUCUAAAUGAGUAAUUUGCUCUUCCAUGCUUACAUGUUUAGAUUAUUUUAUACCUAUUUUUUUUUCAUCAUGUAAUAAAAUUGUGAAUAAAUAUCGUUUAUGACGAAGUCUA